AUGUUGAAGAGACAGUUAUUCGCCGGUAGGUCGUUGAAGGUUGUGCGAGGGGUGCCCCUGCAAUUGAGGAGUUGUAUAUCUACCAGUUCCAUGAAAUACAAUAAACAAGACCCCUCGCUAGUUGAAGAGAUCAACAAGAUCAAAUUGAGUGAUAUUAAAAUUGGCUCUGACAGUGGUCAAACGAGUCAAAUUUUGAGGAACGGAACAACUCCGACCAGGAAUAAGCAAGGGAUGUCUACAGCGCAGAUUCUUCUCUUACUGGGUGCUCUCGGUGCUGGUGUCUAUUACUGGGCUUCAAAAGAGAAGCAGAGACUUGAAGUGGAGAGGGAGGCAGAAUCCAAUAGGGCGGCAGUGGGGGGAUCCUUUAAUUUAAUCGAUCAAGAUGGGCGUCCGUUUUCCAGUGACAAACUUUUGGGUAAAUUCAGUCUGUUGUAUUUUGGGUUCACGCAUUGUCCCGAUAUAUGCCCUGCGGAACUGGACAAAAUGGCAUUUUGGGUCGAUGAAAUAAAGAAACAGUUGAAGAUGGACGUGCAACCCAUAUUUGUCACCUGUGACCCGCAAAGGGAUACACCAGAUGUCAUGAAGAGGUACUUGAAAGAUUUCCACUCGAAAAUAAUAGGGUUGACAGGCUCGCAUUCGCAGAUAAAGGAUAUGUGUGCCAAGUACAAAGUUUUCUUUUCAACCCCAGAAAACGUAACUGCAAAGGACGAUUACAUUGUCGAUCAUUCGACAUUUAUCUAUCUGAUCGACCCUGAAGGCUCGUUUAUCGACGGGUUAGGCACUAUUUACGACGAGAAGGAAGGGCUCGAGAAAGUGAAGGCGCAGAUUAAUGCGUAUGUGCCGCGAUUGGAAAGAGAGAAGAGAAUGGGGAGGUGGUACUCGUUUCUGUUCAAGUGA